CAGGCUCCGGCGUCCUUCCCGGGUGCGACCCUGCGAGGCAGCGCGAAAACAAAGUAACCGGAUUCCAUCACUGUUUCCUUCGGCCUCGAGCUUGGAGAGAUUUGCCGCGAAAACGAAAGUACAUAACUAUCUGGUACGUCUGCGCAGAGGCAGCGGCUGCAACGGGAAACUUCCGCGAACUGGGAUGCCGGAAGGGGUGGUGCCUGAGAUGGGCGGGGCUCCCGGUGAGCUGGGGGCGGGGCCCCGAAGUCGAGCGGCGAAUGGCCCAUCGGGUGGUGGGUGGUGGGUGGGGCCCGCGACGUUCCCGGAAGUCGGUUGUGAGUGAGCCGGGAUUCCCGGAAGUCGGUCGAGUUCCCCUUCCCCGCUCUUUCCUGCUCCGGAGGAUUAGGUCGGCGGGCUCCCCGAGAUCUUCCGGCCAAAGGAUCCCAGCUUGACUCUUAAAGCGAGUUGGGAGGACACAGGAAGAGAAAUGUUACCUAGUCCUAGAAACCGCCGCCCGCGCUCCCGGAAUUCGGGCGCAAGGCUCACUGUCCUAGGCUCAGCCACUUGCUCCUCGGAGCUUUUGGCGUAAAGCCGUACGAGGGCGGAGACCUCCCCUCCGGCCACGAAAGCUGUGUGACGUUGGGACAGAACCUUCGGUUUUAUUAUUUUGGUGGGAAUGAUGAGCUUUCAUUGCGGUUUCAGGCACAGCUCUGAGGUGAAGAAAAGGUGGUGUGUUUUUGAACAUUCUGAACAUCGGAAGGAAACCAGACAUGUCCUUGGAUGACAUUAAGAUGAAAUCCAGUGACUUCCAGGAGGAGGCGCCCCUAGAUAGCGGGGGCUUUGGGAAGGUGUCUUUGUGUUUCCACAGGUCCCAUGGGCUCGUCAUACUGAAGAAGGUGUACACAGGGCCUAAGCGAACAGAGUACAACGCGUCCCUCCUGGAGGAGGGCAAGAUGAUGCACAGGCUGAGACACGAGCGGGUGGUGAAGCUGCUGGGCAUCAUCAUGGAGGAGGGGAACUACUCCCUGGUGAUGGAGUACAUGGAGAAGGGCAACCUGAUGCACGUGCUGAAGGCCGAGAUCAGCAUCCCCCUUUCUGUAAAAGGAAGGAUAAUUAUGGAGAUCAUUGAAGGAAUGUGCUAUUUACAUGGAGAAGGUGUAAUACACAAGGACCUAAAGCCUGAAAAUAUCCUCGUUGAUGACAACUUUCACAUUAAGAUAGCUGACCUUGGUGUUGCGUCCUUUAAGACGUGGAGUAAGCUGACGAAAGAGGAACACAAUGAGCAGAGGAAAGCGGACAGUCUCUCUAAGAAAAACGGUGGCACCCUCUACUACAUGGCGCCCGAGCACCUGAAUGACAUCAACGCCAGGCCCUCGGAGAAGUCGGACGUGUACAGCUUUGCAAUAGUACUGUGGGCAAUAUUUGCAAACAAGGAGCCAUACGAAAAUGCUAUCAAUGAGCAGCAGCUGCUCAUAUGUAUUAAAUCCGGGAAUAGGCCAAAUGUGAAUGACAUCAUUGAGUACUGCCCAAAGGAGAUUAUCAGCCUCAUGAAGCAGUGCUGGGAAGCGGACCCAGAAGUGCGGCCAACAUUUCGUGGCAUUGAAGAACAAUUUAGGCCUUUUUAUUUACAUAAUUUAGAAGAAGAUAUAGAAGAGGACGUGCAGAGUUUAAAGAAAGAGUAUCCUAGCCCAAAUGAAGUUGUGAAGAGAAUGCAGUCUCUCCAAAUAGACUGUGUAGCAAUACCUCCAAGCAGGUCAAAUUCAGCCACAGAACAGCCCCGUUCACUGCACAGUUCACAAAGUCUCAGGAUUGGUCCUGUGGAGGAGUCCUGGUUUGCUCCCUCCCCAGACUACCAGCAGGAGGAGAAUGAGCGCAGCCUGCAGAAUAAACUCCAGGAGGAAGCCAACUACCAUCUUUAUGGCAGCCGCAUGGACAAGCAAACAAAACAGCAACCCAGACAGGGUGUGGCUUACAACAGAGAGGAGGAAAGGAGACGAAGGGUCUCCCAUGACCCUUUUGCACAGCCAAGACCUUAUGAGACUGUUCAAAACCCAGGGAUGAAAGGCCUUGCUUCUUCUAACACAGCCAGUCCUGGGAAUGCAGUACACCAACCAGCUGGACUGACCUGCCAAUCCCAAGGACUCCACUGGACUCCAUAUAAUCCGUAUGAUUUUAGAGCAAGACCAUUGGGUGCAGGAACAAUAGAUUCCAGAUUUUGGUCUGGGCCAAAUGCAAGCCAGAUACCGAGCCUGCAUAAAACUCCAGUACCUGAGACCAACCUGCUGGGAAACACUCCCACCAUUCCAUUCAUCUCCCUGACAUCAAGAGAUGAGACUGCAAAAUAUGCCAUAUACAACAGUGCUGGAGUUCAGAUUGGAGACAAUAAUCGUAUGGAAGUUGGAGUGAGCUUGCCAUUACUGGACAGCACAUACGUGAACUGGAACGAGCCAGCUUCUAAGUACCAAGAUACCUUUGAUAAUACCACUAGUCUGACUGAUAAACACCUGGACCCAGUCAGGGAAAAUCUGGGAAGGACCUGGAAAAAUUGUGCCCGUAAACUGGGCUUCACCGAAUCUCAGAUUGAUGAAAUUGACCAUGACUAUGAGAGAGAUGGAUUAAAAGAGAAGGUUUACCAGAUGCUCCAGAAGUGGCUGAUGAGGGAAGGCAGUAAGGGGGCCACUGUGGGAAAGUUGGCUCGGGCGCUCUACCAAUGCUCACGCAUAGACCUUCUGAACUCUUUGGUGUUUAUCAGCAUGAACUAACUAGAAGCAGCUUCGGCAGCAUGAAGUCAUCUCCUCACUUAGUGGGUGAGCCACUGAGAAUGGGCUGCCUCAGACCACCCGUGAAGUCAACCCCCACUUAGUGGGUGAGCCACUGAGAGUGGGCUGCCUCACUGACCUGGGUUCUCUGUCUACACAAAAAUCAUUUCCUGCAUUUCAUAACUGGAAAUGGGAAAGAAACCUACAGCAAACAACCCACUAAACUGAAUGCCUGAGGCUUGAUGAAAAAAGAGCCUUGCCCUAGCUGGUUUGGCUCAGUGGAUAGAGCCUCGGCCUGCAGACUGAAGGGUCCCAGUUUGAUUCCAGU